UUUUUUUUUCUUUGCAAAGAUGGCAGCCCGGCGUUCCUGAUCCCCACACAAAGGUCUGUGCCCCAAGGAGAUGGAGGAAAAGCCUCCCGCGGUUUCCGUCAAUGAGGAGAUGGAUUUCGCCGAGGAAGACUAUUGCCUGUUCGACGGCUACGACAGUCUGGAGGAUCGCAGUAACCGCAGCACGGAUGGAUCCAGCGAGGGGAGCAGGGCGGACCGGAAGCCGUUCGAGAUCAACGACGACGAGUCCGGGGCUGAUGAGAAGCUGGGAAUGGCGACCUGUGAGAUGUGUGGGAUAACAGGAGCCCGGGAAUCCUUCUUCUCGAAGACCAAACGUUUCUGCAGUGUCUCCUGUUCUCGAAGUUACUCUUCAAACUCAAAGAAAGCCAGCAUUCUCGCCAGGUUACAGGGAAAACCGCCCACAAAGAAAGCCAAGGUAUUGCACAAAGCCUCGUGGUCAGCGAAACUGGAAGCAUUUCUGCGGCCCCCAACAAAUGGGCAGCCGGGUAGCUCUCUGCGGAACAUCAAUGGUGCAAAUCAAGGGUUUCAAUGGGGAAAUUAUAUUCAGGAGCAAAUGUGCAAAGCAGCCCCUGUCAGUUGCUUCAAACAUGUUCCGCUGUUUGAUCAGUGGGAGGAUGUUAUCGAAGGGAUGAAAAUCGAGGUACUGAACAAAGACUGUAACCUUCCCAACAAAGUCUACUGGAUUGCGACUGUCACUAAACUAGCAGGAUACCAGGGGCUGCUGCGGUACGAGGGAUUCGGGAAUAACUCCACCAAGGAUUUCUGGUAUAAUCUGGGGAGUGGAGAUGUCCAUCCCAUUGGCUGGUGUUCCACCAUCGCUAAACCUCUUGUGCCGCCUCAGACUGUGCACACCAAGACGACCGACUGGAGAACUUAUCUGCUGGAGAAAAUUAUUGGAUCUAAGACGUUACCUGCUGACUUUCACUACAAGAUGGUGGAGAGCAUGAAGUACCCUUUCCGGAUCGGAAUGCGCGUGGAGGUGGUGGACAAGACGCAAAUCUCGCGCACCCGGACAGCCGUGGUCGACACUGUGAUCGGGGGGCGCCUGAGACUCUUGUACGAGGACUGCGAGGACGACGAGGAUUUCUGGUGCCACAUGUGGAGCCCCCUCAUCCACCCCGUGGGCUGGUCAAAGAAAGUCAGUCACAGGUUCAAGCGAUCUGAUGGAAUUAGCAAAGCAGAUCUUGGCUGCCAUCCUACCUUCAGGAAAAUCUACUGUGAUGCAGUGCCCCAUCUCUUCAAAAAGGUCCGAGUGGUCUAUACGAAUGACGACUGGUUUGAGGAGGGGAUGAAACUUGAAGCCAUCGAUCCCCUGAAUCUAUCCACCAUAUGUGUCGCCACGGUCCGAAAGGUGUUGAUGGAUGGCUACCUGAUGAUUGGGAUUGAUGGAUCGGAGGCAGAGGACGGCACUGACUGGUUCUGUUACCACGCUUCCGCCUAUUCCAUCUUCCCUGUGGAAUUCUGCAGCAAGAAUGCCAUCGAGCUCACCCAUCCGCGAGGUUAUGGAAAGCCCUUUAACUGGCUCGAAUAUCUGAAAGACACCGGUGCUGUGGCUGCUCCUGCCAGUCUGUUUAUCAGGGACAUCCCAAGUCACGGCUUCCAGUGUGGGAUGAAGCUGGAGGCUGUGGACCUGAUGGAACCCCGGCUGAUCUGUGUGGCUACCGUGACCCGGGUGGUGAAUCGGUUGCUGCGGAUCCAUUUUGACGGCUGGGAAGAUGACUACGAUCAGUGGGUAGACUGUGAGUCGCCUGAUAUCUACCCAGUGGGCUGGUGCGAGCUAACCGGCUACCAACUGCAGCCACCUGUGAACCCAUCAGCUCUUGAGAAAACAGAGGGUAAAGUCAGCGAAACUAACAAACCGAGGAAAAAACACUUUGGCAGGAAAAGGAGAAGGCUGCUGAUGCUCAAAUGUGGAGGGAAGGGCAGACGUGGGACAUCGUUCAAUUCAGGCAAACUGCCGAAGCAGGAGGUGAACGCGGAUGAAAUCAUUGCAGUCAAAGUGAAGGAAGAGACAUUUGACAUGUCAACACCACUGGAUCCCAGCAACCUCCUGAUUCCGAUAGAAAACAUCAAACAGGAGCCAGUGGACUGAGCUCCUGUGACGCACUGGGAAAAGAGGGGGACCAGCCUCAAUGGGGCUCACUGUAAGUCCUCCUGUUUACAGGCUGUGUUGAAGCAGGAAAAACCACAGCCCCGGAUUAUUGUGGCCCUUUCCGAAAUGGCUCGGACUAGUUUGAACCGGCAGGGACUGGUAUUCCCACCAAUGGGGCCCCCUUGUUACCAAUCCCAGGCUUUCCAGAAAUGCGGAUGAUUUAUUGAGCAAUAAGGGGCGCUCUACAAUAAGCUGGUCAUAACCCAGUGGAUCGUGGAUUUAUGUGAGUUUAAGGCUAUAAUGUAGAGACGCCAAAAAUGUGUCGGUUUUCUUUUUCCCCCCCCCGGCUCGAACCCUCUGGUGUCCACCGUCGCUCGGUCUAGUUCUGUGAAGCUUCCCGUCACGUGAGGCAAGUUGGGUGGGCAGACGUUCGUUGGCAGAUGUUGAUCGCGACAGUCAACAAGUGAGAGGCGUCCCACACCGAAGGCUUAACGGGAAAGGUUAAGCAGCGAAAACCCCAGUCAGGAAUCUUGUUGUUCGGUAUAGUUGGAUAUGUUGCAAGGUUCCGAUUGAGAGAAAUUCCACCUGGUCUAAAUUUAUCCAUGUAGCACUUCUGAGUGUCCAGGCCUCGGUUCUUAAAUGCAGUGGAGUCCUGGAGCAUAGUGGUUAGAGCACUCGCCUCGCAAGCGAGAGGACCCAGGUUCGAUUCCCUAACGGGGCGAAACCUGAGGCAAGUUUCCUUAUGUCUCUGUUUACCCAGCAAUGAGCAGGAACCUGGUUAUUACUUGCCUUAGGGUUAGAACUUUCUAUCCUUCUUUAAAAGACAAUACACUCAAAGUUUUACUCAAUUAUUAGGCAUGAGUGACAAUAGAUGCCAGGCCUUUUUAAAAAAAACUUUUUUUUCGGUCUCUCGAUCCACGGCUGUUUACGGGACACUGCUGUGCGCAAGUAGCUGCCGCGCUUCACACAAAAUACAGUUAUUUUGAUUUUACACCAAAGUAGACGUCUCCGUGAAGCGAUAUAUCAAACGCAAGGAUUACAUUAUUGCUAUUAUUAACUCCCUUCUCUUUUCAAGUAGUACCGUGGGGACCUUUACGUCCACCUGAACAGACAGACAGGAGAAGGUCGAAGCUAGUGGACAUUUUUGUCAAACAGUUAGUCAUUUGAGAUGCUGGGUGCUGGCGCUUGAUGUGAGUAUAGUUGAACCUACCUGGGGGUGGGGGGUGGGGGGAAGGUUAGGGAAAAUAAUAGGGAGAAUCAUGGACAUCAAUUCUGGUAGGUAUUUGGUGCUGUGCAAAUUGCUUGAACUAACGACGCUUAGAUUAGAUUGUGAACAUCACACUUGUAUCUCUCUUUACUCUGGAUAUUUGGUCAGGGCCGCGAGUCAGGGCCAGAUUUUACUGUGAGAAACACAUUCUUCAUAUUGGAGAUAUGUUACCCAAUAGAAUUCUUCCCCUUCUGUGUCGCAUGCAAUGUAGAAACGUGAUGAAAUGAGAAUUAAUACAAAACGUGAUGAAAUGGGAAUUGUGACUAUGAGAAUGUAACGACUGGUUCUCAGAGCGAUUCUGAUUAGCUUGAUCAUUGCAGACUCAGUCGUCCUGUCCCUCCGCAUUAUUGCCAGGACAAAGUUCCUUUAGCUUGGGCGGAGGGGAAAACAAAAUACAAUGGCUUUAUAUUUUUGGGAUGAAAGUCAGAAGUGCCUGGGAACACUCAGCAGGCCAGGCAGCAUCUAG